UCACAUGGCAGCAGGCGGGGGGAAAUGACAGACGGCUGCCUCCUCGCUGACUAACGAUGCUGCUGGGUUAGCAAAGCCUGACCGAGAGGAGCCUCACCUUCAGACCCCGCGAACGCAGGCAGGCAGAGUCGGUUCUGUUCCAGCACAGCCAUGCUGAUCAAGGAGUACCGGAUCCCCAUGCCGAUGAGUGUGGAGGAGUACCGCAUCGCUCAGCUCUACAUGAUCCAGAAGAAGAGCAGAGAGGAGAGCUGCGGUGAGGGCAGCGGAGUGGAGAUCCUGGAGAACAAGCCUUACGAGGACGGCCCGGGAGGGUCGGGUCAGUACACUCACAAGGUCUAUCACAUCGGCAAACACAUCCCGUCCUGGUUCUGUGCCAUCCUCCCUCAGGCCGCCCUUCGUGUGGAGGAGGAGUCCUGGAAUGCUUACCCCUAUACACGAACCCGGUAUACUUGUCCAUUUGUUGAGAAAUUCUCCAUAGACAUUGAGACGUAUUACAAACCAGACACUGGAAAUCAAGCAGAUGUCUUCAAUCUAUCCUCUGCUGAAAAGAGACAGAGGACUGUCGAUCCUAUAGACAUUGUCAAGGACUACAUCCCUCCCCAUGAAUACCUGGUGGAAGAAGACCCCAAGCUGUACCAGUCAAUCAAAACCAGACGGGGCCCGUUGUCAGAGGACUGGAUCGAGGAGAUCAACCACAACCCUGGUCAGACCGUCGUCAUGUGCGCCUACAAGCUCUGCAAGGUGGAGUUCAGAUACUGGGGCAUGCAGUCCAAGAUCGAGCGCUUCAUACACGACGUAGGUCUCCGCAAAGUGAUGGUCCGAGCCCACCGGCAGGCGUGGUGCUGGCAGGAUGAAUGGUACGGUCUCACCAUCGAGGACAUCAGGCAGCUGGAGCUGGAAACCCAGCUAGCGUUAGCCAAGAAGAUGGCGCAGUACAGCCUGAAUGAGGAGGGGGUAGCAGAGACCAAUGGCUCCUCUGUUAGCCAAGAUCAGGAACAGCCGGGAGAGAACCUGGGGUCAGCUGCAGAGGUCGAGGGAACUCGAGGAAAGCUUGGAGAUUCUCUAGAGACGCGAGGGGAGCUCACCAAGCAGUGGUCCACCUCUUCCAGAUCGUCCAACAGGUCAUCAAAGAGAGGAACGAGUCCGUCUCACCACAGCAUUUCAGAGUGGAGGAUGCAGAGCAUUGCCCGGGACUCUGACGACAGCACUGACGACGAGUUCUUUGAUGCCCACGAGGACCUGUCGGAUAACGAGGACAUGUUCUCCAAGGAAAUCACCAAGUGGAGCUCUAAUGACCUCAUGGACAAGAUCGAGACAAUAGAAGUGGAUGAAGCACAAGAAGCGUAUCAGGAGUUGAGUGAGGACUACAGCGUCACUGAGGACACCCAGAUGGAGGACUGUCCGUCCCAGCAGUGUCCCCAGCCGUCCAAAAUCCACGUCCUCAUUCUGGUCCUGCAUGGUGGUAACAUACUGGACACCGGCUCUGGUACUACGGCGUGUUAAUCUUUGGAACAUUUUUCAGAAAACAAAAACCUUUCAUACUCUUAUUUCUGUUCAUGGUCAGCUGAACCCAUUCUUCAUCUCGAGUUUAAGAUGAGCAAAGAAAAGUAUCACAAGAGCUCAAUGAAGAUGUAAUAAAAGGAAUAUAGAUUUGAUUCAGAUUAACUUUGUGAACAUAUUAAAUUAGUGAACUUUUUCUCUAAGCCUAGAUAAGGUGUUUUAAGAUCAAUCU